AUGCGAGAUGAAGAUUGGAGAACAGUAGGAGGUGACGAGGUAGGGACCUUGGAGUCCAGGACUGCAGAAAAGUUAGAUACAGAAGUGACUGUAGAAGGUGUGAUUGCAGGGGAGACCACAGGAAUUGAGACCCCAGAGGUUGGAGUCAAGCUGUGCCGUACCUCCUGUGGUGGUGAAGGAAGGUUGCUCAGCAAGCGUGGUGAGUUCAUCAAGAACUGGCGACUGCGUUAUUUCUUUCUCUUGGAAGAUGGCAAACUUCUUGGCUUCAAAACCAAACCCAAACAAGGCCUCGAGGAUCCACUAAACAACUUCACAGUGAGACGUUGCCAGAUACUGAAAACUGAAAAACCACGUUCAAACACAUUUGUUUAUAAGAGGACUUCACUGGAGACUUCAAUAUUUUUUUUGGAUUCUAAAUGUUUUGCAUUUUAUUCACAGACAUUAGAUAACUUUGAGUUCAUCAGAGUACUUGGAAGAGGAACAUUUGGAAAAGUUAUGCUUUGUCGUCAGAAGAAAAACGACCGUAUCUACGCCAUGAAGGUCCUGCGGAAAGAUGUCAUUAUAGAGCGACGAGAGUUGGCACACACGUACGCUGAGAACUGUGUGUUAAAGGCUGUGGAUCAUCCCUUCCUCACUUGCCUCAAGUACUCGUUCCAAACAAACGAUUAUCUCUGCUUUGUAAUGGAGUAUGUUAAUGGUGGUGAACUGUUCUUCCAUCUUACUGAGGAGAGAUCAUUUACUGAAGAACGUACCAGGUUUUAUGGAGCUGAAAUCUGUCUUGCCCUUGGAUAUUUACACGAAAGAAAUAUUAUUUACCGUGAUCUAAAGUUGGAAAACAUACUACUUGAUGCUGAAGGUCACAUAAAAAUAACAGACUUUGGGCUCUGCAAAGAAAACAUCUGUUAUGGAAGAACCACCCACACCUUCUGUGGAACACCGGAAUAUUUAGCACCAGAGGUGCGUAAGAAGCAUUAG